GUCAAAAUUACGCGACGAAUCUUCCUUCAGUAUACAAACGAGGAAGAAGUGUCAUGGCGGCUCACUGAUCCAGCACUAAGAAGAUGCUCGCCCUUUUAAAUUAUCGAGUGUUACAGACAGCCUUGUCAAAACAUGGGAUCAUACCUAAAAUUCCAGUACAAUAUCUCAGAAGUCUUUCCAGCACCCCACAAGAGGACAAAUUAAAAGAUAUGCCCAUUCAAAUUGAAAAUCCAUAUAAAGAACCGCAGAAGGGCUGCAUCCUAUGUAACGUGUCAGUGGAUUAUAAAAACAUCCAGUUGUUGUCACAGUUCAUCUCACCGCACACAGGCAGAAUAUACGGCCGGCACAUCACGGGUCUGUGCGGACACAAGCAGAGAGAAGUGACAAAAGCCAUUAAGAGAGCUCGCUCAAUGGGUUUCAUGUCCGUUACACUGAAAGAUCCAGAGUUUAUUAAAGACCCCAACAUUUGUGGCAUCAGACACAUGGAGUAGGAAGAACAUGAAAUAAGUGUGCUUUAUUAAUGAAACGAAUAAAAAAUAUAAUAAAACGUUUUUCCCCCUUA